AUGGCUUCCAGCCGCAAAAACUUCGUCCACGAUCCCCUUGACCACACCAAGCCUUCCAUACGACUCAUCGAGCUACAGCCUCACUUAUCCGAAGACGGGCUGGCGCAAUGCGCCCUGUCCCACGCAACGAUUGAUGGCGAAUAUACAUGUUUAUCAUACAUGUGGGGCCCGAAAUCGCCGACUGCAGUCAUCCUCGUCAACGGCAAGGAGUUCCGCGUUAGGCAAAACCUCUUCGAUUUUCUCAAAAUGGCCACAGCCCGUAAAUCAUUUCGUAGGAAGGUUUUCUGGAUAGAUGCCGUCUGUAUCGACCAAGAAAACAGAUUAGAGCGACAACACCAAGUCUUACAGAUGGGCGAUAUCUAUGCACAGGCGAAAGAGGUUAUUGCUUGGCUCGGCCUUUGCAAUGUACCGAUACCUUUAUGGGCUCUGAAAGUUUCUGGCUCGAGAUUCCAUGCCUCUGAGCGGCUCGAGAUAUACCGGGAAGGCUUGGACCGUUAUCUUUAUGACAACCCAUACUGGAAUCGCGCAUGGAUCACACAAGAGAUAACACUAGCACGAAAAUGCUCGGUAAUUCUCAACUCGACUUGGAUGGCACUCGAUCAUGUCAUAGAAUUCUACUUGCAAGUGGUCGAACUCAGAUGUAUGGCUUUCAACCCGCAAUUAAAACCUAUAGACAGGACUGACCCGAGACGUACAAUGCCUAUCAUUACCCUUCUGGCAACCUUCGAGAAUAGAAAAUGCAGCAUUCCACAAGACCGCAUAUUCUCCCUCCUUUCACUUUGCGAUGAGCGGCAAGCUAUCGUUGUCGACUAUAAGCCACCAAGGCUGAAUCUGAUGCUCAACGUCCUCAACAUUUUUCCAGAUAAACUGUGCAUCUGUUCGGUUUACAUUGUCGGCCGUGCGUUGGAGCUUACAGGAACUCAAUGCAAAAAAGUACACCUGAAGAAGCUCCUAUGGCUCAGCAUCGAUUUAGACCCCCGGAAACGCGUACCGGAGAAGGAUCAUGACCUAGCACCCGAAUUGUGUACCUCCAGAAUUGAGGUAUUAUCGCCCCGUGCUGGGUAUGCUGAUUGGUACAAGGGCAAGAUCUGGGUCGCAACGUUUACAUUACAAGACCGCCUUGAGCAUGUAAUUUACUGGGGAGCAGAGUGCACAAUGAACAUGCCGGUAUAUUAUGCCAGGAGGCGCUCAGAUGGUACAGACAGCGAGUACCAAGUGCUUUGCAGGUAUGGUGAUGGUCUAGAACUCUCUGCCAUGGCCGCCGACAACGGAAAGUAUACGCUUCGUGUCGCUCUCCCGGUAUUUAUGAAGAUUGUCGCCGCCAUGAAACAUGAGUUGUGUGACGUUGCAAAGUUUGGGCGUCAGUAUUCGUACAUUCGUGAUAUGGGCUGGCCUGAGAUGAGGAUUGGGUAUCAUGACUGCUAA